CGUUCGCUUUAGUAUACGGUUUAUAUUGCAACGAGAUGUUCGGUGAAGUCGAUCAUUUUUCUUACGUCUUGCGGUCCAACAACUCGAAUUUAAAGUGUCGCCAGAGAACUUUGCUUGGCUCCUAAAGCUUAACGACAACAACAAAUGAGCUUAGUGAAGUCGACGAUGCGGUGCUUGGGAUAGAAACGAAUCACAGGCGCUCGACAAACUUUACAACUUUUAGAACAACUGUACAGGUCAGUGAAAUUUAUGUGAUGCAUCUGGCGCAUAUAGAAGAAGUCAAUAGAGCUUUCUGUGUCAACUGUUCUUCUCCUAAUGAAUGAAAAUCAAGAAGCCCAAUGUUGAGCACCCAAACAAAUGGCAAAAUACCUUCAGUAUGUGAAAAAUAUUUUGCCAAUAUGACUUGCUCAGACGAGGAGAGCUUCAACGGCUCUCCAAUAAUGGAGGUUGAGCUUCGAGAAUCUCCUGAUUCAGUGAAGUUGUUUUUGUCUAACAACACUCCUCCCAAUGCAGCAGAAGAAGGAGCCAAAAUAAUAGUGCGUGCUGAAGAAAUACUUUUGGUAGUUUUGGUCCUUAUAAUUUGGGUCGCCGCAAUCAUUUUAUUUUUUAAUCGCUGGGGCAAGAUAAGAAUGCUGGAGCCGUACCAACCCAAAUUCCAACAAAAUCACCGAUUAUCUUGCCCCUUAGCACCACUGACAUCACCAGUAAUCUCAACACAGCAAAGAAUGUCGUUUUCCAAAUACAACGUCAGCUGUUUCAACGACAACAUAUACUCAACGGUGGCAUCGCCCAACCCGGCCAGAAGACCGCGUCAGAAUUCAGUAUUCGUGUCGAGUCCGACUCUGGCGUUCUUGAAUCCCCCGAGACGGGCCAAAUCCGCGAUGGACAUUCAGCAUUUAGUCCUAAACGAAAAACCCCAAGCUCUGACCACUUACAGUUCCAUGCUUCCCAUGUUGUCCACAUCGUUGCCCAUAAACAAGGAACGUAAACCAUCAAUUACAGUGGACAGGAUAAAUGUCUCGGGAACUCGUUGCCGACCCCUGUACACUUCAGCCGAACGACCCUUGCUAUCGCGAUAUUACUACACGAAAAAUCGAAGAAUGUCUUGUUUUACGGAAAAACUUCCUAGACAAAGGCAUUUCAUGAGUUUCGACCAUCCGCAAAGUACAGAUCGCAAGACAUCGAUAACGAUUGAAAAACCGUCGAUAAGUUUCGAGUCGCCUCAAGAAUCGUUCGAAAAUCCGAGCGUAAUCGUCGAGUCGGUCUGCGUAAGUUCCAACAGAUCGUUAGCAUCGAUUAAAGAGACGACGGCCUCGAGUCCUGCAAGAGAAACAGCAACAACUCCUUUCACUUGCAAAGCAUUUUCAAGAAGUCUAGACACGCACUCGACGUCCGAGAAGCACAAACCCAAGAGGAUGGCAGUCAGCCUUGACGUACAUACUGCAGAAAGUGACUGCCAAGAAAUGAAAACUUUUAGCGAACAAGGUGGCAAGUCGCAUAUGAUUACGAUGGACUCGGACGAAAUCAAAUUGACAGCACCGUUUUUUGAAAACUUGGAAAGCUCCGACGUAUGAUUUUACACGGUAUUCGACAAAGUCAAAGUUACAAUAUUGGUGCCUCAAGUUAAAAUAGUGAUAAACAAUAUGGUUACAUUUUGUCAAGGCUCAUUAUUUAUUUAGUUAAAAAAUAGUCUCAAUAUCGUCAAGUACGGCAAAGUAACCAGCAUUUAAAAAUAUCUUAUGUUUAUUUAUUUAUUAUUAACUAAUUUCUUUUUAUUUUUACCAGUUUACAUCUGCCAGGUGUCCUUCAACAGUAUGCCCUUUAUUUUUAUAAGGUAACAGUUCUUCAUAUAACAAGCGAAACUAAGCAUUAAAUGAAACAUUUUAAAGGAUUUAAUGUUGCUAAUUGUUUAAUAAAGUUGUAAAUCUAUUCCCACUUUGCAAAUGAUUAAGACAGUUUCAAAUAUUUGAGACCAUAAUAGAAUACUGCAAUUUAAUUUUAGGGAUUGAAGCCAAACCGCGAUGAGGUUUAUUAGUUAGGCCGAUGCUUUCAAAAAAUGUAACGGUAGGUAAGUAUAUUUCUUAAAAGAUGCAUUAACUAAAUUAGAUUUGGUGAAUCUUCAUCUAAUUAUUAUUUUAUAUAGGCAAAAAUAAUAGAAGUUGUGAUGAAAUCACCACCAGAGUUUCGUCAGUUUUGCGAAACUACUUCUUCUAAAUUAAACUCUGCAAAUAAUUAAUUCAAAUUGUCAUCGCCAUGACAGCAACCCUUUCAGCAUCUAGUCCUUCGUUUAAUUAAAUAGUAAACCAUUAGCUGGAGCUCAAAUAUUUUCAUUAAUCUGUGUUCGAAACUAUUCGCUCAUAAAGAGUUUGUUUUGUAAUUUUUGCAGUUUGUUAAAAAAAAAAGAAAUUUCAUUACGUACCAAGCGUUGCAAGAUACAACAGAACGUUUGUAUAGAAGAUAUAGCUUAUAGGUUUAUUUUUAUUUGAACGUAAAUAGAGAACUUUUAAGUCAAAAUCUUUUAAGUUUACUACUACAAAGGACUAUUUUGAAUUUUAAAUUACGGUCUUACAUCCCCAGUGGCUUGAGCAGUUUGGAGAAAAUAGGUCAAUGGACCAAAAUAAAGAAAAAAGUGACAUAUUCAAAUCCGCUAAAAGCACAAUUAAGUCAACAGAGUAGCUCUUAAUUACAUCACAUUAAAAUCUUUCUUUCCACAAAAUUGCACUGCAUUCUAAAACAGUAAAAAAAACAAUUUUAAAUAAAUCUAGUUUCAGUUUAAUUUCUUUUACAAACAUUUUUGUUUUGCUUUUUGUAAAGAAGUAAAGUGAAUGUUCGUUACAGCAAAACUUGACUAAUUAUUUAUUGAUGUUAAUUAAUUAAAAAUUCUCUGCAUGGUUAAAUCUUUCUC